UAACUUUGCAUUCAAAAAAGUGUCAAACAUCUAAUUAUACAAAAUAGUCCAGUCAUCCGUUCGGUAAAGUUUUGAUUCAACAACUAAAUUAAGCUGACUGGUAGAAGAAAACAGUGCUCAGGUCAAGUUAUCCAAAAGAAUCAUAAAAUUGGAUAAUGAGACUAGAACAAGGAACUCGUUGUUGGAUACCCGACAAUCGUAUAGGCUGGUUAGGUGUUAAUGUUACGAAAAUUGAAUACAAUGAAAACUCAAAGGUGUACAAAAUUGAGUUAGCAAAUGAUGAGGAUAGCAAUGAAUGUUUUGUGGUUGAAACAAACAAUCUUGCAGAAAACAAUGAAAAGCUACCAAAAUUAAGAAACCUAGAUGACACAGUUGACGAUUUAACAACCUUGUCACAUUUGAAUGAGCCCUCUGUUUUGAACUCUGUUAAAUUGAGAUAUUCUAAGAAAAUUAUAUAUACAUUUUCUGGCAUUGUUUUAAUUGCAAUAAAUCCCUUUGAUAAAUUGGAAAACCUUUACACCCAAGAGAUAAUACAAAAAUACCAAAAUGCUAAAAAAAAUGAUAAUCCUCCCCAUCUUUUUGGCAUUUCGGAUGAGGCAUACAAGUGCAUGAGAAAGGAUUCGAUCAGCCAAUCUAUAAUUGUUUCUGGUGAAUCCGGAGCAGGUAAAACAGUAUCAGCAAAAUAUAUAAUGAGAUUUUUUGCAAGUGUGCAUACGGAGGGUACUCAAAUUAACACGAUAGAGAUUGAAAAACAAAUUUUAGCAACCAAUCCUAUAAUGGAAUCUUUCGGUAAUGCCAAAACUACAAGAAAUGACAACUCCUCAAGAUUUGGCAAGUAUCUAAGAAUUUCUUUUGACGAAAAAUCAGUAAUCUGUGGAGCAACAAUCCAAACAUAUUUGCUAGAAAGGUCCAGGCUCGUACAUCAAGCUAGAAACGAACGGAAUUAUCAUAUUUUUUAUCAAAUGAUUCAGGGACUUCCGGAAAACUUAAAAAAAGAAUUAUCUCUUCAGCAUUGCGGAAACUAUCACUAUUUAAAUAGAGGGAACACAUCUGCAAUUUCGGGUAUAGAUGAUUCAAAAGAAUUCAGAGACACUUGCGAUGCUCUAAAAAUUGUUGGUAUUGAUGAAAAUAAACAAUUUGAGCUUUUCAAAAUACUGGCCGGUUUACUACAUAUAGGUAAUAUUAUCAUUCAAAACUCUCGUGGAGAAGCAGUGUUGGCUAGCGAUGAACCUAAUUUGCUUAUGGCAUGCAAUCUUUUAGGUCUUGAUCCAAAAGAAUUUAGCAAGUGGAUUGUAAAAAAGAAAAUUUCGACGAGAUCAGACAAUAUAGCAUCUAAUUUGAAAUACCACGAAGCAAUUGUUGCCAGAGAUUCCAUUUCAAAAUACAUAUAUUCUUUAUUGUUUGAUUGGCUAGUGUCUUACAUAAACAGUCAUCUGUGUUCUUCGGAGAACGAAGCAAGAGAAAAGUCCUUUAUAGGUGUUUUAGAUAUCUAUGGAUUUGAGCACUUCGAUAAUAACUCAUUUGAACAAUUCUGUAUUAAUUACGCUAACGAAAAAUUGCAACAGGAAUUUACUCAUCACGUCUUCAAGCUACAACAAGAGGACUACAUUAGCGAAGGCAUAGAAUGGUCGUUCAUCAAAUAUACAGACAACCAAUCUUGUAUAGAUCUCAUUGAAGACAGAAACGGAAUUCUUUCACUUCUCGACGAACAAUGCAAAUUACCAGCUGGUUCUGAUAAAGCAUGGGCAGAAAAGAUGUUUCACUCACUGACAAAACCUCCACAAAAUAAAGUUUUCAAAAAAGCUAGGUUCGGUACAGAAAAGUUUAUUGUCUCACACUACGCUCUAGAUGUAACCUAUCAGGUUGAUGGGUUCUUAGAGAAAAACAGAGAUACUGUUUCCGAUGCACAAAACGAAGUUUUACGAUUAUCUGGAAAUCACUUUUUGAAGAAUGUUAUUUUAUCAAUCGAAAAAAAUAGAGAGUCACCAGAAAAAUCUCCAGUAACAAAGAAAAGAUUAAGCUUAGGUGGUAGAAACAAAAAACCAACUCUUGGAUAUUUAUUUAGAAAUUCUUUGAACGGUUUGAUGGCAACUAUCAAUUCCACAAAUGCCCAUUACAUUAGAUGCAUCAAACCCAAUGAGACGAAAAGGCCUUGGGAAUUUGACAACUUGAUGGUUCUAUCUCAAUUGAGAGCUUGUGGUGUUUUGGAAACCAUUCAGAUCUCUUUAGUAGGAUUUCCAUCAAAGUAUACUUACGAAGAGUUUUUACAUAGAUUUGUUGUUUUACUUCCAGCAGAAGUUGAAACUGAUUUCAAAAGAGGGGAAAUUCAAUCUGAGGUUGAAAUGAAAAAACUAAGUACCAAAAUGUUGAGAAAAUUGAUAAGCGAUCAAAGUUCAUUCCAAACCGGUAAAACAAAGCUAUUUUUUAGAGCAGGCGUACUAGGUCAACUAGAAAUUGCAAAGACAAAUAAAAUCAAAAGUUCUGUUACUAUACUUCAGAAACAUAUCCGCCGUUACUUAGAAAGGAAAAGAUGGCUUGACGCACAAGCUUCUAUGGUUGAUCUACAGUCAGUUGUGCGUGGUAGUUUGAUACGCACUCGCACGAGAAACCAAGAGUCUUCUUGUAUUGCAAUACAAUCUUUACUAAGAGGUUCUUUAGCAAGAAAACAAAUAAGCAAAAUAAUAAAUUCUACCUUUAUUAUACAAUCUCAUGUUCGUGGUAUGAUUGUGAGAAAUGAGUAUAGAGAACUUGUUAGGUUAAGAGAUGCAGCUAGAAGAGAAUCGGAAAAAAACGAAAAAGAAGCUAAAAUUUCGAAUCAAGAACAUCAAAAAAAACUAAUAGAAAUGCAAGAAAGGGAAACAAGGAUACUUCAAGAACAAGUAAAGGUAGAAAACAAGCAAAAGAAAAAUGAUAAUGAAAGGCAUAUGGAAGAUGAAAGGCCAAAGCAGAAAGCCCAGGAAGAAUUUAAACUGGCUCAAAAAUUAAGCCAGAAAAAAAAGUUAGAUGAAGUGGAUCAAAAACAUGCAAAUGGAAGAACUGUAGAUCCGAUCAAAUACAUAGAGUCAGAUAGUCUCCAUAAAUCUUCUAACAUGUCUAAACUGACUAACGCCUCAUUUGCUGACUUGCUUCCAAUAACUAAUCACGAUGAAGGAGCCGAUGAAAUUUGGGGCAUACUGGAAAACUCUCUUCAUCCUCUGAAAUAUUCGUACAACGAUUUGCUGGGUAUGAGACCAUCUAAAUCGUUAGCAAUCAUAACCAGAUUCAUUGUUUUGAGAAUUAAAAACAUCUCCGAAAGUAUAGAUUCAUACGAGAAGCAACAUCCUCAUAUUUCUGACGUUUAUUUGACUGAGAGACUCGAAAAAAAUACUAGGAAUGACAUCAUGAUCCUAAAGAAGAUGAUGAGGCGUGUCAAGUAUGCUAAACCCGAUAUGGCAGUUAAAAGACUUUCUGUUAAAAGUGUUAACUCCAUUUCCACCGAAAAGAUUAUGUUUGGUCAAGCAAAAGCUGAUCCUUCUCACCUUGAUCGGAAUUUUAGAUCCGGCUACGCUGACCUUCUUGAUUACAUGAAAGGAUCUCCUAUAGCUUCUACGCUUGUUGCAAAUUUGUUGCUACAGGAUAUCAGACCGCCCCCAGAGGAGUCAGAGGAGCCUAUUUCUAUCGGCGAAGUUCUGUUUCCCUCCAGAUUAGUUGUCGCUAUUCUGACGGAUUUAUGGAGAAUUGGAAUGAUAAACCAAUCAGCUGUAUUAUUAGAAAAAGUGAUGAACAUCUUUAAGGAGAAAAUUGAGACCCUAAAGGAUCCAGAAGCUUUGAUAUCGAAUGGGGCAUACUUGUUGAAUAAUGUUAAUGAAAUCAGAACUUGCAUUGCUUGGUCACGUUAUACAGCAAUGUCAGACUUUGAUAGUAAAAUUUUCCUAAAAGCAGAGGAGAGACAGGACUAUUUAAAGAUGUUAUUGAUAAUGAAGAGGUAUUGUGAAACUGUGUUUGGCCAAAUGUACAAUGUUUGGAUUAAGUCUAUUUUGAAUGAGCUUAAUAAGAAAACCAUAGAUGCUGUCAUUCUGGAUGAAACCUUAUACUCAAUCAGACAGAAUCCUAACGUUUAUUUCAGGCAUAUGUUCCAUAAAGGUCCCAAAUACAAGAUGUUUGAUGUUUUGAGAAUUUUCAACAACGUUUACCUUGCCAUGAAGAGUUACUGUUUUGAUGAGGUAAUUUCGACAUCAGUAAUUCACGAUCUAUUGACUUAUACUGAUGUGCUGUGCUUCAACGAUAUUAUAACUAGGGAAUCUUAUCUAACAGUUGACAAAGGUUUGCUAAUAAAAUAUAACAUAUCGCUGCUGAUAGAUUGGUGCAAUGAACAUACUGUUCCUGAUUCCCCUAACAAAUUGAUGCAUCUUUUAACUUUGUGCCAAAUUUUGCAACUAAAGAAACAAGGCUUUGCUGAUAUAGAUAUGAUUGCUACGACUUGCGACUCGAUAAGUAGAAAGCAAAUUGAGAAAAUAAUUGGAGAAUGCGAUAAAAAUAGUACAACAGAGAGUGGUAAAAAGCUUGGAGAAAAGACAAAAAAGCUUAAAAAGAAAGACCAAUCAAAUAACUCCGAAUUUGUUAUUCCAUUGGAAGACGAUGCUUUCGAAAAUGCAUUUUUAUGUAUGAAUUAAUAAUUUUAUAGAUUUAAUGAGUUACUCACUUUUUAAUACAAAAGUAAUGAGACAUAUGACUGUCAAAUGCUGUUUACUAGUAGG